ACAGUAGCACAGAUCAAGAGAGGUCUGUCAAAAUCCACUUUAAUAACUCUAACGAGCUGAAGGUACAUGUUUUUCUGUAUAGACUGAGGUCUACAUUGUAGUUUACCACACAGUGUAUCAUAAAUCACAACACAGCACACGUGGGUGCUACAUAUUCCUGUAAACCAAAUUAAGAUGAAAGGCUGACUACAAAAGCAAUUCACCAUUUUUAUUACCAUCAUCACAGUACACUGCUGACAACCAGCAAUUAACAGCUUGUCUUAAAUAAUAAUGAUUGUGUUGUUGUUUUUUAAAAAAUGUUUUAAUAGCACAUCCAAACUGCUCACCACUCUCCUCCUCUCUAAUAAACUGCUCUCUUUCAACAGCACUGUCCUCAUUGCUCUUAAGAAAGUCUGUGUAACUCAUUUCCAAAGAAAACCCCUCUCUGAACCCAGUCAAUGUACACAUUACUGACCUGUCUCACUCCUCUCAUGUUUAUCUAAAACUAUUGAGGGUGCAGUGUGCAAUCAACUGUCUCUCUUCAUCUUCAGCAGAAUGUCCUCAAUAACCUCCUCCACAGAAAAGCACAGACUUUCCAGUCCUUACAUUCUGUGGGUCAGCUUAUGUAAAUUUGGAUCAUGCAUAAGUUGAGCGCAUCUGCAGUUUUGAUCCACACCAACAAAAAAAAUCACACUGAGCCAUCCAGCAUACAUAGGGUAAAAGGCAGAGUCCCGGAGAGCCAGCAGCACUCACAAUCCGGUUGGCUGACUUUGAGAAGUAAUUUGCAUAUGGGAGGUGUGUCCAAAGUCUGAGAGCAGAUGAAUGACUUCUGCCUUUCACACUGUGAGAGCAAAGCCAUCAAGGGAGGUCUGGCUGAUCAGCGGGGGGAGAAAAUGUAUCAGUGGUAAAAAAAUUUCUCCAUUUCUUCGUGCUGGAGUACGAACGCUGUUGUGCGGAAAUAUGCCCAGCGAUCAGCGCCACAUCUUACGGGGAAAAUUAUGGGUAAGUGGUGUGAAGAGGGGAGGCAGCUGGGACUUUACAAGGGAUUCUGCAUUCUCCUGCCUCUCAUUAGCCCUCUCUCCUGCUUUACAAGUCAGGCGAAGGAACUGAUCUACAAAAUCAGAGAAGGAUUACCCAGGGGAACCUUCAUAGGAGCCAUUGGUGCAGACUUACAGUUGGAUUUCUCUGUUGAUCCUCCUCUUUUAUUCAAUCAGGCUUUAAAGAUUAGCCAGCAGUAUGUGAACCUAAAUGACACCACGGGUGAGCUCUACACAUCUGCCAAUGCAAUAGACAGGGAGACUCUGUGCCAGGGCAACCAGGGGCCACGAGACUGUUCCCUGUCCUUGGACAUCUUCAUCCUGCCCCAGCAAUACUUCCAGCUGGUCAAAGUCAGGAUUUUGGUGGAGGACGUGAAUGACAACAGGCCCAGCUUCCUAUCAGACGAGAUCCAGCUCUUUGUCCCAGAGAAUGCCCCGGUAAACUCCAGGUUCGCACUAGAGCAGUCAGCGGUCGACCCCGACGCCGGGAUUAAUGGGGUCCAGACCUACUGGGUGGUCAACGACUUUGAGGUGUUCACCUUGGAUGUGGAGGAGAGCGAGGGCGGGGAGCUGACCCCCAUCCUCAUUGUGACAGGCCCCCUGGACCGAGAGACCACAGACGCGUAUGAGACCAGCAUCAUUGCAGAGGAUGGCGGGACGCCCCCCCUCCUGGGGACAGCCACGCUCAGGAUUGUUGUGACUGACGUCAACGACAACUGCCCUCAGUUCCAGGAGAAGCAGGUCAACGUCACGCUGUAUGAGAACACAACCAAAGGCUCGCACCUGGCACACCUCCACGCCCACGACCCCGACCUCGGCGCUAAUGCCCAGAUCACCUACGCCUACAGCGAGCGGGUCCCCCGGGACGUCAGGGCCUUGUUUCACUUGGACAAGGUCACCGGGGUCAUCAAGCUGUCCGGCAAGAUCGACGGCAGCACGGCCAAAUUCUAUAAGCUGACCAUCCUGGCCAACGGGCCUGCCUGCAUACCCGCCGUCGCCAUGGUGAUGGUACGCAUUGUGAAAUUGUCGUCUGGCCCACCAGCAGUGAUUCCUCGAUACAUCGCCUUGGAGAAGGACGGUGUGGUGUGGCUGAAGGAGUCAGAGUCGGCGUCUUCCCCCAUUGCCUUUUUCACGGUGAAGAAUGGGGCAGAGCAGCGACAAAAGGUGGAGUGUCACCUUGAAGGGGAGGGGCCUUUCAGGCUGGCCCCUUACAAGCUAUUUACAGAUGAGUACCUGCUAGAGACCACCGAGGUGCUGGACUACGAGCAGAGGCAGGAGUAUGAGCUGACCAUUGUGGCUAGGAACAGCCACGGUAUGGUCAUCAAGACCUUCAUCAGGAUCCAGGUGACAGACGAGAACGACAAUGCACCCAUCUUCAAGCAAGCUCAGUUGGAUUUGUUUGUGGAGGAGAACAACUCACCAAACACAUUCCUGGCAAAGCUGCAUGCCACGGACGAGGACAGCGGAAUCCGGGGUGAGGUGAUCUACCUGCUGGGCUCUGACGCACCGUCCAUCUUCAGCUUGGACCGGGAAACAGGCGUCCUGACUGUGUCCACGUCUCUGGACCGGGAGGAGCAGGAAAAGUACCGAUUCACAGUCCGGGCACUGGACCGUGGGUCACCACGCCAGGAGACCGCUGCCACAGUCAUUAUAACUGUGGUGGACCGCAAUGACAACAGCCCUCGCUUCAUCAACAAGGACUUCACCUUCUUUGUGCCAGAGAACUUCCCCGGGUUCGGUGAGAUUGGCGUCCUUUCAGUCACCGAUGCGGACUCAGGAAAGAAUGGCUGGGUGGCACUGUCUAUCAUCAAUGGCAGUGACAUCUUCAUCAUCGACACAGGGAAGGGUGCCCUGAGAGCCAAGAUGCCCCUGGACCGAGAGCAACAGGGCACCUACUUCCUGUGGAUUGAGGCUGUGGAUGGGGGCGAGCCUUCACUCUCCUGCAUCACCAUGGUGACCGUCCUGCUCCUGGACGUGAACGACAACCCACCCUUAGUCCUGUUCCCACAGUCAAACCAAUCGUACAUGCUGGUCCUACCCAGCACUCAGCCCGGAACAGCCAUAACUGAGGUGUAUGCAGUAGACAAGGACACGGGCAUGAACGCCGUCAUAGCCUACAGCAUCAUCAAGAGGAAGGGUGGGGAGCCAGGAUCCUUUGACAUCGACCCUGACACGGGCAACAUUACGCUGAGGAAGACACUCAAUGACAGGGGCCUCUAUAGCCUCCUAGUCAAGGUCAGUGACCAUGGCCAGCCUGAGCCUCUCCACUCCAUGGUCCUGGUCAACCUGUUUGUCAAUGAGACGAUCAGUAAUGAGAGCUACAUCCAGAGCCUGCUGAUGAGGGAGGAUGAGAUAGAGAUUGAGGAGGCCCCACUGGGCAGACGGACAGAAGGCCCUGGGAAGGAUGAGGUGUUCCCAUGCCGACUCAUGGUAAUGGCGCUCUCGGCCACCAGCCUGGGCCUUCUGCUGCUGGUGGUCCUGCUUACCACCUACAUCUGCUGCAAGGUGAAAAUGCACAAACACAGCAAGGUGCCCAGGAAAAAGGAGGUGAACCCUGAGUUUCAGGAUGUUGACAGGAAGCUAAUGGAGAUCUCAAAUGUAUGACCGUCCUUUUGUGCUUUAGGAUGGGAACCGGUUGGGGGGGGGGGGGGCUAUGAUUCCUACCCCGGCUGUUUACAAGACUUUCAACGCUCAUGAGGAGGGGUGUUUAUUUUAUUUCUACAGAGAACCUAAUUUAUGAGAGAAAAAUAUGAAUAUAUUGUACAUAAUGGAAUGUUUUAUAAUUUUUGUAACAGGAAAAAGCAGUGUUUCUUUUAUGUGUAAGGCACAUGACAACCUUAGGUCUGACAGGCUCCCCCAGGCUUUGAAAACAAACGUUGUCCAACAAGUUGAAAAAUUGAAUAAUGGCUUCAGGAAUGUAAUAUCGCUUUCACCUGAAAGCAGCAGAGUAAUCAUCCUCAGUGCACAAUAUCUGACAAAUAUCUGAUUCAUAUGUCACACAAAAAGGAAUAUGACCCCCUUUCAUUUUAAAAUCCUCAGAUCUUUUUUAUUUCCCCCUCCAUCAACAUAACCCUUAAGAGUGAACAGUUUUCGUAUUUUCAUUUUAGAGUCCUUCGCAGACUUUUAAAGCUUAUUUAUUCGGGAAUGAUCUUUGCACAUUUUUGUCCUCUUUGAAUUUCCCUUUUCCUUAAGGUUCUCAGGUAGAUUGCUGAGCCAUGUUUGUCACAAGAGUGUUACGUUUAAGUGAUCCUGUUCAGCCCCAAUUUAUGGCUUUACAUCCUGAGUCCAUCUUGUCAAUAUCAUGUACAAACAAAAUGCAAAUAUUAAAAAGGCCUUUAUUUUCAUAGUUA